UGUGCAGGCACAAUCACUCGCCCGCCAUAACUGAACGCAUUUGAUUGGACAACACGCGAGUUGUUUGUAUUUUAGUCCACUUCCGGUUAUACAUGAUUGGUUGGCCAUACUGUUGAUGCGAGCGCCGCGGCGCAGCCAUCUUUUAUCUAGUGAUUUGGCUUGGCGCCUUCCUGUGUUGGUUGUUCACUGUAGUGGCCAUAGUGUGUUACACGUUUCAAAAUGGCUGGUGGUAAAGCGGGCAAGGAUUCUGGUAAAGCUAAGACGAAAGCAGUAUCGAGAUCAGCAAGAGCAGGACUGCAGUUCCCUGUGGGAAGAAUUCAUAGGCAUCUUAAAAAUAGGACAACUAGCCAUGGACGCGUCGGUGCUACGGCGGCCGUAUACUCGGCAGCUAUUCUGGAAUAUCUCACAGCCGAGGUGUUGGAAUUGGCGGGAAACGCGUCGAAAGACUUGAAAGUGAAGCGUAUCACGCCGCGGCACUUACAACUUGCUAUCAGAGGUGACGAGGAACUCGACAGCUUGAUCAAGGCGACGAUCGCGGGAGGCGGUGUCAUCCCACACAUACACAAGUCGCUCAUCGGCAAAAAGGGCGGCCCUGGAGCACCUGUCUAAGACUAGCUGUAUGUUGUGUGCAGGCCAAUUACACCCCAACACAUACUGCAUUUGACUCCAAGCACUUUCUACGCAGACCUCUACAUCCUUAUUGGUAAACAUAGUUUGAUGUUAAAGUUAGUGACAUGGACAGUGGAGUGAUUCCAGAGAACUGUUGGUCUGGACUAAAUCUGUAGUUUGUAAGUGCUAGACAUAUUUUAGUGUUAAGGAGAUUUAAAUAUAAUUGUAUUAGAAUUAAGUUUAAUUUCUGUUUGUGGGACAUAUUGUAAGCCAUUGUGUAUGGUGCGGCAUUGCAUGCCUUGUGCCCUGUCACUAUAAUAAUUGUGGGGUCACCACAAAACAACACACUUUCCACUGGUUACAAAUCAUUUAGGAUUUUGUUUAAGCUCUAAGCUGUUGUCAUUAUUUGCAGAUUUUGUAUUUUUUUAAGUGACAUUGUAUUAGCAAUAGUUUGAAUACAUAAUGUUGAUCUAAAUUGUAAUUUGGUAUGAUUGAACUGUUACAAGUUGUAAGAAAUGUAUUUUGAUCUUUGAAAUAUAUUGACAAAGAGCUGAUGUUUGUUUACUUGA